AAAGUCGAACAAGCCUACUCUUCAAGUUAAGACACGCCCGCAUUUCUCCUGCAGUCUUCACAGCGACAAGUUCAGAUGGAGUAAAUCAUACUGCGUUAAACUAAACAUGGCACGGAACAUUAAAACACGAAUUUAAGAUUCAAAAGUCAAGGUGUCAUGGGUUUAUGGAUGCUGGUCUGGUUUCUGUUUAUGUUGUCUCACAUGCCGGUGUUUGUUCAUGGUGGAAUAUCGGUGCAGUUUAAGAUUGGAGGAUCCUUGUAUGUGGCUCUGGGUGAAACUCUGGUUUUGGAAGCUGUUUUUUUUAAGAAUCCAGAGGAUAAGAUUGAUAUUGUGACAUGGGAGCGUGAAAGUGAAAAGGGGAAUGUGAGGAUAUCGGGCAAUACAGACAGAAUAUCUUUAGAGAAGGAUAAAGCGCUUCUGCGGAUUAAGCGUAUAAUCCCAGACGAUUUUGGCAUCUACAAGGUGACUGUUACAGACAGCAAUGGGCAACAAAAGCAUGCCUCAAAAGAAGUCAGAAAAAUAGAUGAUCCGCCAAAAGCGUCAGUCGUGCAUGUUUUGGAAUGUGGUGUGGACACCAGUAUAACACAGUGGGAUGUCCCUCAGUUCUCUUGGUUGGUGGACGGCGUUCCAGUAACCAAUCAAACAGCGCUGUUGUCUAACGGCAGUAAACUCGACAUCUCACAGGUUACUGGAUAUAACUACACCUGUGUUACCAAAAGCAGUCUGGGAACAUCUGUGGCAUCAUAUCUGACAUUAAAACAUACUGAAGAAUCGAAGGAGUGUUGUUCUUCUUACAGCGGACUGAUUAUUGUUAGUAUUUUACUAGCACUCAUCUCCUGUGUGGCUGGUGGGUUUUACAUAAGAAAACGCUGUCAAACCAGGCAUUCACCAGUUUCCGGAUCUUAGUGACUCUCAAUUAUAAUUUUUUAUUGUAUUGUAAAUUUUAUGGUAUAUUUACUUUGUAUCACAUUUCAGUGUUCUAGUUUAUGUUCAUUUGCUGUCUGUAAUGCAUGAAAGCAGUAGUUUUCUUUCUUUUGAUAGAUCAUGUGUUAAGUGCAGUCACGUUUUCAAAGUUACACAGCUGAUUAGCAAAGAUUUGUAAAGUGGUUUGGUGUAAGAAAAUACUCAGGCAAAUUUUGGCUUUCUACUUGGAGGCAAACAGAAGUUCUUUUGUUACAAAUUUAUUUUUCGAAGGAAAACACCAUUUUGUUGCUUACUACCUCACUUGUUCUCUUGUUCUGCAUUAAAUGCAGUCAGAUUACCAAAAUAAAAUUUUGUAUGAAUCACA